AUGUAUGCGAAGCGGAAGAAGCUAAGGCCUCGACUUGACAGGCGAAACGCCCUAAGGAACGUCGAUUACGACGCUUCACAGUCGACGCCGUCAUCUCCGUCUUCGUUCGAAGAUCAGCCUACUCAUCGGACUCGAUCGCUUGACCUUUAUCCUUUGACCGACUGUACAAGCUUCAGAAUAGACGGUGUUGGUGGUGAAUUCGACGUUAUUUGCCGCUCUUUAGGGCUUUCAGGUCCUGAAGACUUUGCGAUUCCUGUAGCUGCUUGGGAAGCUCGGAAACCUUGCUCCCGUUCUGACCGUUUGCGCAGCUCUCGAUUUGCUGAUUCCCGCCGUGACUCUGAUUAUAAGUUCGAGACUUCAAAUGAAUCGAAUCGUCGGUUAAACUAUUCGCCGGAAAAUGUGAUUGAGGUUUCGUCUAGUGAAUCGGAGGAAGAAACCAAACCGUGCUCUCACUCGGACCGUUUCAGCUCUGAGAACGAGCUUGAGAGCUUGGAUGAGGUUUCUGAUAGUGUUAGAAAUGGUGUUAGGGUUACUGUUGGCGGAGAAUUGAAUCACGGUUUAAAUUCUUCACCUGAAAAUGGGAUUAAGGUUAGGAUUAGUGAGCCGGAGGAUGAUAAUUUGCCUACGGAUGUGAAAUGUGGAAUUAGGGGUUCUAGGCCACCAAGGCUGGCUCCUCCAGCAUCGCCCGUGGACGAUUUCACAUCUGCUUGGGAUUUUAUCAGAAGUUUUGGUCCUGCAGACGAUGAAGAUAUGGUUUCACCGUCACGUGUUGAGAGCACUUCCGAUGACAUACUUGGAAACGAGCAAGUAGGAGACAUUAUUGCUAAGAAUGAAGAGCGUAAUGAGGAUUUUGUAAGAAGUGCUUCACAAGUAUCACAGAUAAGCUCAGAGUCUUAUGAGCAAGGUGUAAGAGAUGCUGCUGAGGAUGUUCCAGAUUUAAGCUCUAAAUCACAGAGUGAUGAUUCCUACAGCCUGAUAUCGAAGACAAGCUCCAAAUCACCUAGUGGUGAAUCCACUAGCGGUGUCUCAAAGAUAAGCUCCAAGUCACAGAGUGAUGAUUCCUACAGCCUGAUAUCGAAGAGAAGCUCCAAAUCACCUAGUGGUGAAUCCACUAGCGGUGUCUCAAAGAUAAGCUCCAAGUCACAGAGUGAUGAUUCCUACAGCCUGAUAUCGAAGAGAAGCUCCAAAUCACCUAGUGGUGAAUCCACUAGCGGUGUCUCAAAGAUAAGCUCCAAGUCACAGAGUGAUGAAUCCUAUACAUUGAUUUUGAAGCCUGUAUAUUCUGUUUCUCCAAAUGGUUCUCCAAGUAUAAAAUCUUGGCAAAAGGGAGAUUUUCUUGGGAGUGGGUCAUUUGGAACCGUGUAUGAAGGCUUCACCGAGUAA